AUGCACGGCAUGCUGCGGUGCGGCGGCGCGCUGCGCAGCACAGCUAGUGCGGCGCUGCGCGACGCGGCGCCGCGCCCGCUGCCCGGCCUGCAGCACUCGCUGUGGACCCAGCGGCGGCGGCCUGAGGUGUCCGCUGCGGCGGGCGGGCGCGGCGGCGCGCGGACGCCUGUUGCGAGCGCGGCGAUGGUGUCUCUGGAGGAGAUCGAUCGCGCACGCGUAGCCGAGGGCGGCUGGUUCGUGACCGAGGGCGGCCAGCGGCAGUGGGUUGAUGCUAUGCAGCUGGACCGCCUCAGCCCUGAACUGCCGCAGCUGCUGGUUGAGCUGGGGAUCAGAUACGACCCCGACAAGCUGGCGGCGGUGCUGGACAGCAGGUGUACGGCCGCGCAGUCCGCAUAG